CCGCGUGUUGUCGUUCCAGGCGCUUAGCUCGUGCAGCGGAUAAAUUUCACCGUUUUUCUUGAUUUUUGUAGUGUAAUUUGCCUUUCCCCAACGAAAUCCUUUCACAAUUAAGAUGAAGCCGAAAGCUGAAAACAAAAAGACCAACAAUAGGGUUCGAAAACCAAAGGUUAAGGCUACCAAGAAGCGCAAACUAGUGGAUCUGGAUGCUUCGUCGGAAGAUGAAGGAAUCCUAUUGAAAGAUACCAGGUCUUCGGAUGAACCGGUUCCCAAGAAGACAAAAUGGGUGAACAAACAACGCGUUCUAGUCCUGUGCGCCCGAGGAAUCAACCAUCGCGAUCGGCACCUGAUGAAGGAUUUGAAAACGCUGAUGCCGCAUCAUCGGUCCGAACCGAAGAUGGAACGCUGGAAGACGCUGUCGGUGGUGAACGAGAUGAGCGAAAUGAAGCACUGCAAUAAGGUGAUGCUGUUCGAAGGUCGACGCAAGCGAGAUCUGUACAUGUGGUUGGCCAACGUAGAAAAGGGACCGUCGGUUAAGUUCCUGGUCGAGAACAUUAACACGAUGGGCGAGAUGAAACUGACUGGAAAUUGCCUGCGCGGAUCGCGCCCCAUUCUGUCGUUUGAUCAAGAGUUUACCAAGCAGCCACAUCUAGCCGUUAUCAAGGAACUGCUGACGCAGGUUUUCGGGGUCCCGAAUCACCAUCCGAAGAGUCAACCGUUCGUGGACCGUGUGGUCAGCUUCACAUAUCUGGAUAAUCGCAUUUGGUACAGGCAUUUCCAGAUUCUGUCGGAAGAUGGUGGUCUGUCCGAAGUGGGACCAAGAUUCGUUAUGAAUCCCAUUAAAAUCUUCGAUGGGUCUUUCAGCGGGGAUCCGAUUUGGGAAAAUGCAAACUAUCAGAGCCCAGCCAAACACCGACAGUUGAUCCGGAAGGCCGCCAAGGAUAAGUAUCUGAACAAGCAGAAGCAGAAAGUGGAUCAUGAAAUGAAUGCUCCAACAAAGACCCACGAUUUCGACAAAUUUGCCGAUGUAUUCCAAGGUGACGAAGAGGAAAAAGCCAAGGAACUACUGGAGAAGGAAGAGCAAGAAGCAGCGGAGGAAGAAGAACGCAAGGCCAUUGAGGAACAGCACAGGCGAAUGAAGAAGAAGGACGAGAUAAAAAAGCUGAAGAAGAUGGCUCAGGCGAAGAAAGCUGGCAAAGCAGCCGCAAACGGAAAGAAGAAGCAAAAGGCAGCUCUGAAAACCAAGAAGAAGGGCAAGAAUAAGCAGGACACAGGCGAUAGCGAGUGAAGUAAUUUUUUUUUUCGAUUCUGCAAUUUUCGAUGUAAAAU